UUUGAACAAUGGAAAUUUGAAUAAAAAUAUGCUAAAGACUAAUAGAAAAAGUUGGAUGGAGGGUGAAAUCCUUUUAGACUUGGAUGCAAGGAUUUUCUUGGCAAGGUAGGAAUCCUACAAAUAUCAAAAGUGGAGUGGAGAUAGCAAUUCCCUCACUGACAUUAACUGCGGCUCCAGCGCUGUUUGGUGUCUUGUUUAGUGGAUUUUCUCAGCAAAUGAAAUCCUCAUGUAUUUGGGGUUUCAAAGAAGACAGUUUGUGGGUGGGAGGUUUAUUUCUUCCUUCUUUCACUUUGUGAUGAACUGGGUUCUUACGAGUUCUGUACUGUGGUUAUGAGGAUUCUUCACCAUGUUCUGUUCUGUGGUCAUUUGAGAUUUUGGAUGUAACUUGGUUUUUGGGCAAAAGUAUUUGAGAGGGGUAAUUUUCUUUCUUCAGUUUUACUGGGUUUAUAUGCUUCGUAGCCUGUGAUUCUGUCAUAUGUAAUGGGGUCUUGGAGCUACGUUUCACAGGAAAAGGAAUUUGUAUCUGAUGCGACCGAUUUGCAGCCCAAUUCGUCUGCAAGAAGUAAAAAUGUUUUCAUGGGUUGGGAAUUGAAAACCCCAUGUGGUUAUGGAAACAGCAUUUUAGUGUCAAGUCAACAGGUCAUUCAGAAUCAGGGUUUUGGGGAAUUUGGUAUCCCUGAAAUGGUCAGAAAACAAUUGCCAGACAAUUCAAUUAGGGAUGUUUCAUGUGGCAAGGGUGGUGAUGGAAUAAUGGUUAAUUCGAUUAUGGUAUCCCCAAAUGUCUUUCCCAGAGAUGACGAGUCAAGUUCGAAGCUCUCUAGCUCUGUUAUGGAAUCUAACAGCCAGGACUCUUUGCUCAUCGAUUUGAAGCUCGGAAGGUUUGCUGAUCAUAGUGAUUCCCAAAAUUGUAAACCAUCCAAAGCAAACCCCAGUUUGCCAUCGGCUGAGUCCUCUACACCAGCAAAGAGAGUUCGAGCUGUGGGGUUGAACUCUCAGACUGCCUUUUGCCAAGUUCAUGGUUGUAACAAGGAUCUUAGCAGCUCAAAAGACUACCACAAGAGGCACAAAGUUUGUGAAGUUCAUUCCAAGACUGCCAAAGUCAUUGUGAAUGGCAUUGAACAAAGGUUUUGUCAGCAAUGCAGCAGGUUUCAUUUGCUGGCUGAGUUUGAUGAUGGUAAGCGCAGCUGUCGCAAACGCCUUGCAGGCCACAAUGAACGUCGGAGGAAACCCCAAGUUGGUAUUCACCCUGGCAGGGCAGGGAGGUUGCUUCAAUCAUAUAACGGCUAUGCAGGUAAUAGAUUUCAGGGGACUACACUAACAACCGCAUCCUUUAUAUGUCAAGAUAUACUCCCCAGUGGUCUAUUGCCACCAGAGAAAUAUGGGAUGAGUGACUGGUGCAAGCGGAUAAAAGUUGAAGAUGGAACUGACUAUAGUCCUCAAUCAACCAUUCCUAUAACCAAUGGGCACCCACAUCCAAAGUCCCUAUUCCCUACUUUUGAAUUUGAAAAACAAUAUUCUUCCUUUCAAGACAAUGGAGCUAAUACAGGAAGUAUUUUCAGUGAACACAAUAGCCGAUAUCCACAUGAUCUUGCAGAUGCAAAUUCUGGCCCACAUUCUUUUUUCCAAGACACCUCAUUAGGAAAUGAAGACUUGUCUGUUUUUGACGCAGGAUCUACUGUUCAGGCCUUAUCAGGGAUUUCAGACUCUGGUCGUGCUCUCUCUCUUCUGUCAUCUCAAUCACAGAACUCUUCCAGCCAUUCAUCAGGAAUUCCCAUGAUUCACCCCCUGAUCAUGCCUGGCUGUCAUGCCCAUUAUAAUAUAGCUCAAGUCUCUGAGAAGUUCUUGGGAGUCAGCCCCCAGGUUUCAAUGAGUAGGGUGCCAAAUAAGUUUCUUUCAUCUGGGAUGAAUUCUGCAGAAGGGAAUCACCUAGGUCCUAUACUAAUUUCUGAUUGUAGUGAGCCAGUGAACUUUGAAGUGACAGAUGGGAUUUUCCAAGGAUCAGAUUUUGUAAACACUAAGGAUUGUCUUCCUUGUGAAACUGGACCCACCAUUGAUUUGCUUCAAUUGUCAUCACAACUCCAUCGAGUUGAGCAUCAGAGGCAAUCGAUACAUGUCAAGCAGGAAAAUGAUACUUUCUGCCUCCGGAUAACGUGAAAGGUGCUAAGACACGGGGAGAUUUGGGAAGUAGCAUGGACUGAAGCACUUAGGAGCUGGUUAAAAGAAACUUGGCUUCUAUGCUACUGUUUUUCCACCUGAUGCUCAUCCUCUAUGAUCCUAUCUAUACAAGCAGGAAGUCAUUCCUUUUCUGACAGUAAAUAGCUAAUGAAUCCAGAUUUGCAAUCAGAUUCACUUGUAUACAAACUCAUCAGUUUUUUAAGCAUCCUGCUCGGAAAUGUACACCUCUAUAUGGUAAGAGACAAAGAGGGUUUAUUCCGGUAGUCCUAAUAAUGUAAGUUGUAGUGUUUUGGUCUUGUGGGUAAACAUUCACACUGGUAUACAAUCUCAUCCAAAAGCAUGGAUGCACAAUCUCUUAACUAAUUCUGCCUCCCAGGUGGGUGAAGCCCAUGUGUUGUAUUGUCAACCUGGUAAUAUGACUAGCAUGGCAUUUUCCUCUUCUCCAUUA